UUUGGCACAGCCGUCUCCAGUCUGCCUGAGGAUAGCAGUCGUGCUCCCAGUGGAAGAUGGCGGUGGGGAUGCUGUCUGGGGCUGGAGCUGAGAGCUGGAUUUGCACAAAAAGCGAACCCGGAUGGAUAUAAAGGAAAAAAAUGAACAUAUUCCCAUGUCUUCUCCUCGAGGUCUGGACUCUUUUGGGCUUGUUUAACUAGAGUCUGCUGCCUUUUUGCUGGCAGAAAUCCGAGGGCUUCUUGUCGGGGAUUCACAGACUAUACAUUGAUAGCUCAGCGCAUAGACAGGGUGGGAGCGAAAAGUGGACAAAAAUGUCGGAUUCAAAGGUAAAAGUUGCAGUGAGAGUCCGGCCCAUGAACCGCAGGGAAAUUGAGCUGAAUACAAAAUGUGUCGUGGAUAUGGAGGACAACCAAACAGUCCUGCACCCUCCACCCUCAAAUGCGAAAGGAGACAACAGGAAACAAUCCAAGGUGUUCGCUUUUGACCACUGUUUCUGGUCCAUGGACGAGACCAACGUUCCCAAAUAUGCUGGUCAAGAGGUGGUGUUCAAGUGCCUUGGAGAGGGAAUACUUGAAAAUGCAUUCCAGGGAUAUAAUGCCUGCAUAUUUGCCUAUGGACAAACAGGUUCAGGCAAGUCCUUUUCCAUGAUGGGGAACGGGGAUCAGCCGGGUUUAAUCCCUCGACUCUGCUGCUCCCUGUUUGAGAGGGUCCACAAAGAGGAGAACGAGGCUCAUACGUUUAAGGUGGAGGUGUCCUACAUGGAGAUCUACAACGAGAAGGUCCGUGACCUGCUCGAUCCCAAAGGGAGCCGCCAGUCCCUGAAAGUUCGGGAACACAAAGUCCUGGGUCCAUACGUGGAUGGUCUGUCUCAGCUGGCUGUGACCAGCUUUGAGGACAUUGAGGUGUUAAUGUCAGAAGGGAACAAAUCUCGCACAGUUGCAGCCACCAACAUGAACGAGGAGAGCAGUCGAUCGCACGGCGUCUUCAGUAUAAUUGUCACGCAAACGCUUUAUGAUCUACAGUCUGGGAAUUCAGGGGAGAAAGUGAGCAAGAUGAGUCUGGUUGACCUGGCAGGAAGUGAGCGUGUGUCCAAGACCGGAGCUGCUGGAGAGAGACUCAAAGAGGGCAGCAAUAUUAACAAGUCUCUCACCACAUUAGGCUGUGUGAUUUCUGCUCUGGCUGAUCAGUCUGCUGGAAAGGGGAAGGCCAAGUUUGUGCCAUACAGAGACUCAGUCCUCACCUGGCUACUGAAGGACAACCUUGGCGGCAACAGCAAGACAGCCAUGAUAGCCACAGUGAGUCCAGCGGCUGAUAACUACGAGGAGACCCUGUCCACGCUACGCUAUGCCGACAGAGCCAAGAGGAUCGUCAAUCACGCCGUGGUGAACGAGGACCCCAAUGCUCGGAUCAUCAGAGAGCUCAGGGAAGAGGUGGAGAAGCUCAAAGUUCAACUCUCUCAAGCUGAGUCCAUGAAGGCUCCUGAGCUGCAGGAGAAGCUGCAGGAGUCUGAGAAACUCAUAGAGGAGAUGACUGUCACCUGGGAGGAGAAGCUAAGAAAGACAGAGGAGAUUGCCACUGAGCGUCAGAAGCAGCUGGAGAGCAUGGGCAUCUCUCUGGAAACAUCAGGGAUCAAAGUGGGUGAAGACAAAUGUUUCCUGGUCAACCUGAAUGCUGAUCCUGCCCUCAAUGAGCUACUGGUCUACUACCUGAAGGAGCACACGCGUGUGGGCGCGGACACGUCUCAGGACAUCCAGCUCUUUGGGAUCGGCAUACAGCCGGAGCACUGCGUCCUGGAGCUGUGCCCUGAUGGUGAUGUCACCCUGAUGCCCAUAGGGAAUGCCAGGACCUGUGUGAACGGAACAAUGAUCGAUUCCUUGGUGCAUCUGUGGCAUGGAGAUCGAAUCUUAUGGGGCAACAAUCACUUCUUCAGGGUUAAUCUGCCUAAACGAAAGCGGCGGGACCGUUUAAAGGAGCUGGAAAGAGCUUCGCCCAGAGAGAGCUUCAUCGAGGCAGAUGUGGAGACCGCCAGCGAGGCCUCGUCUGAGCAGGACUACAGCUAUGAGUUCGCCCAGAUGGAGGUCAUAAUGAAGACUCUGGGGAACAAUGACCCCAUGCAGAAUGUGGUCCAGGUGCUGGAGAAGCAGUACCUGGAGGAGAAGAGGGCGGCUCUGGAGGAGCAGAGGGUGAUGUACGAACGAGAGCUGGAGUCGCUACGGCAACAGCUGUCUCCGGAGAAAACGCUGCAACACCACCGCAGCAGCAGCGAGCGCCUCACGUUCCCGACGCACACACCACACGGCAAGCUGCGGCUGUGGACAGAGGAGCGGGAUGAGCUUUUUCGUCAGAGCCUGUCUCGACUCAGAGAGCAGGUUGUGAAAGCCAACACCUUGGUGCGAGAAGCCAACUUUUUGGCGGAGGAGAUGAACAAACUGACAGACUAUCAGGUCACCCUUCAGAUUCCUGCAGCCAACCUCAGCGCCAACCGCAAGCGUGGAAUGAUAGUGAGCGAGCCGGCCAUUCAGGUUCGGAGAAAAGGGAGGGGGACCCAGGUGUGGACCAUUGAGAAGCUUGAAAACAAACUGGUGGAUAUGAGAGACCACUACAGGGACUGGAAGGAAGGCACAGAGGAGAUGUAUAACAAGGCAAACAGUAAGCACUGUGACCCGUUCUAUGAGGCGCAAGAAAACCACAACCUGAUAGGAGUGGCCAACAUUUUUCUGGAGUGCCUUUUUCAUGAUGUCAGACUGCAAUAUGCGGUCCCCAUCAUCAGCCAGCAGGGAGAGGUAGCAGGCAGGUUGCACAUUGAGCUGAUGAGAGUGAGUGGAGCCGUACCAGAGCGCCUGUCUGGGGGAGACGACUCGUCAGAGAACUCCAGCGAGAGUAGCUGCUAUGAGGUGAUGGACACCAACGGGGAGAUCGUCCACAUGGCCAAGAGGCUCACCUGCAGGGUGCGGAUAAGGGAGGCCACAGGUUUGCCGCUCAACCUGUCCAACUUUGUCUUCUGUCAGUACACCUUCUGGGAGCACGGAGAGCCCACUGUGGCUCCACCCAUGGUCAGCCCAGACAGACCUUCCCCUCGAAGCCCAGAUGCCCAGUUUACUGUCCAGUUUGAUCACUGCAAGGACUACGUUGUGCAUGUGACAGAUGAGUUUUUGGAGUUUAUAUCAGACGGAGCGUUGGCCAUAGAAGUGUGGGGUCACCGCUGUGCUGGGAACGGACAUUCACUCUGGGAGUUAGACGCACUGGAAGCCAAGACUCAGACGCUCCGAGAUAGGUGGAGUGAGGUGUCUCGCAGGAUCGAGCUGGUGAUCUCCAUCCAGGAGCUGAACGAGCAGGGAGAGUACUCACCCGUGGAGCUGCAUCCCGGAAAAGACGUCAGCACAGGAGGAGUUUUCCAACUCCGUCAGGGUCACUCCAGGAGGCUGCAGGUGUGUGUGAAGCCGGUCCAAAACUCAGGCACUCUGCCUCUGCUGGUGGAGGCUGUGCUGUCUGUCUCUAUCGGCUGUGUGUCUGCUCGCUCCACCAAACUACAGAGACCACUCGACAGCUACCAGAGAGAGGAGGAAGACGAUAUGGAUAGUUAUCAGGAGGAAGAUCUCAACUGUGUCCGAGAGCGCUGGUCAGAGGCCCUGAUCAAACGACGAGAGUACCUUGAUGAACAAAUCAAGAAAAUCAUCAACAAACACGAGAAGUCAGAGGAAGAUGUUGAGCGUGAAGCUCGGCUAGUGGAGCAGUGGGUUGGCCUGACUGAAGAGAGAAACGCAGUGCUGGUACCUGCACCUGGCUGUGGCAUCCCUGGAGCUCCUGCAGACUGGACACCGCCUGCAGGAAUGGAAGCUCACAUCCCCGUGCUCUUCCUGGAUUUAAAUGCGGAUAAUCUGACAGUGAACGAGCAGCUGACUGGCCCACAUGCUGCAGGCGUUAACUCCAUCCUGCCCAAGGAGCAUGGGAGCCAGUUCUUCUAUCUGCCAAUCAUCAGGCACAGUGAUGAGGAGGUGUGCGCAGUGUGCUCCUGGGACUCAUCCAUCCACGAUUCUGUGCACCUCAACCGCAUCACGUCUCCUAAUGAACGGAUUUACCUGAUCAUCAAAGCCACAGUGCAGCUCAGCCACCCUGCCUCCAUGGAGCUGGUGCUCCGCAAGAGGAUCGCUGUCAACAUCUACAACAAGCAGAGUUUCACUCAGAGUCUCAAGAGAAGAAUGUCCUUAAAGAACACGCUUUAUUCCUGUGGUGUGACUUAUGAGAUCGUGUCCAACAUACCAAAGGCCUCAGAGGAGCCAGAGGAAAGGGAGACCUUGGCUCUCAUGGCUGCUCGCGGGGACAGCGAGGAGACUCAGGAUGGAGAAACCUACAUAGAGAAGUACACACGAGGAGUUCUGGAAGUGGAAAACAUCCUCAGUCUGGAGAGGCUACGACAGGCUGUGACAGUGAAGGAAGCGCUCACUGCCAAGGGGAGACACCUAAGAAGGAGUAUCAGCACACCAAAUGUACAGCAUUCUUCAUGUAGUAAAACAGACCUGACUGGCUGUGAGGAUGAAGACUGUAGGGACCACUGCGAUCACUUGGACAGCACGAUCUGCAAUCCCCCAGAGACCUCGCUUUGUACCACACCCAUCAAAUGCAAGGACAAUUCAGGUUUGGUUCCAGAAAGCCCCACAUUUUUUAACUCCAGCCCCUUCAAAGUGCUGUCCCCUCAGCCACCCAAGUUCCUCAAGUCCCUGCUGCCUGUCAAGGAGGAGAACAAGGCCAAGAAAGUCCUGGAGGCCCGGCCGCUGCUGGGACAGGAGAGCAUGCGCUCAUGUGUGGACAGCCCUGCACUGCUCCCCCCUCCCUGCCCCUGGCGCCGGCCCAGGGCAGGCAGCGAGGGCCACUGCAAGCCUUCCACCUCCACCUCCACCUCCACCCCCACCACUCCCACCAGCAGACAGCUCAGCCACACACUGCCACACACUGCUCAGGACUCUGAGGACGAGGAGACGGAUGUGGACAUGACUCUGAAUCUCAAUCGGGGCCUUCAGGACCACAGCAGCUUUCAGCCUUACAUCCCGGAGGACUUUGCAAACUUUGAGAUCUACAACGCCACUCUUGAGAGCCAGGAGGGGUUUCUAUCCUCCCGGUCCGACUUGAAGGGAAGCCGGUGUGGAGGCGGGAGCGGGGAGAGAGAGGUGGCUCGAAGCCCCACGGCCAGCAGUUGCACUAGUGGCUACUUUUCACACAGUGCCUCCAACGCUACGCUGUCUGACAUGCCUUUCAGUGCCAGUGAGAGCUCUGACCACCUCAGCUGCACCUCCAGAGACCCUCAAGACCCUCUCGGCUGUCCUGCUGGAAGAGGCUGCACCCAAACCAAAGGUGUUUCUGCAGGGAGUGACACCCAGCAGCCUCCUCUCUCUCAGGAGCUGCUCAUCCACCCUGCCUCCUCGCCCAUCAGUAUCCCAAACUGCAGGGACAAGCAGCAAACAUUCCCUCUGCCUCACAACUGUGUGCUCAGUGCCAGCCAGGAGUUCACUGACUUUAAAGGGGCUGAUGACAAUUUUGGAGACAGUGAUUUAGCACAAUUUACAGAGGGGUGGGAGCAGGCAGGUUUGGAGAAAGAAACAUGUGACACUGGCAAUCAACACUCCUCUGAUGUCUCUGGUAUUAUCAACACAUCCGCUCCUGGAGACACUUCCACUGCUACAAGCAAAUGUCCAAAUAAUACAGACUCUGUUAGUGUAGCUGUGUCCUGCCCUAACAUAACUCCAGUUUGCACUUCAGUUAGAGCCACAGUAUCUGUGCCUGACAGAGUCUCAGCUCCAUCUCCAGCAUCGCCAUCCCCAGUCACACCUCUGUCUACAACCCUAUCCUCUGCCCCGACUCCUCGAGCAGGAGGAGAACCUCCGACCGAGGAGCCGGCGCAGGGAGAUCUGCCCCACGGAAGUCCCUGUCCCAGCCCGAACCCCAGCAGCGCAGAGCCGUCAGGAGAUUCCAGCGGAGAUGAGAGCACGCCUGCAGCUCAGCUUCCAGACUGGAUGGCCCCAGGGGAGCAGGUGUGGGUGGGGAAGAGGAGAGGAACAGUCCAUUAUGUUGGAGGGGUGGAGUUUGCUAAGGGGAUCUGGAUUGGUGUGAAGCUUGACAUGGCCGUGGGUAAGCACAACGGGACCGUCCAGGGCAGGGUGUACUUCCGCUGCCCUCCAGGUCACGGUGUGUUUGUGAAGCCGUCUCGUCUCACCAGAGGACCGCCCUCCAUGGACACAGAGCCCCAGACUCUCAUCAGAUAGGACCCAAAGAAGGACCAGCUUUCAACAACAGCAGUGACCCGAGGGUAGUCGUCAGAUCCAGUGCCUAUGGGUGAACCGCGGGCCGACUUCAGCGUAGCUCUUCUCCUUGUGAGGGAGAUGCUGAUGUAUUCUGUGGGCGUGUCUGCUUUCCUAAAGCAUAUCUGACCUGUGCAUUUAAUGAAGGUAUAUCCUAAUUACUGUUCGCUGAAAAUUCACUAUGCACAUAUCUGAGUUUUCUAUUCAGUGGUAUUUUUUGAUAGAGAACUCCUCUUUUAAACUGGGAGUCCAUAUGGAAACAUAACCCACAUACGUUUUCUUACAUUGGUUUCUGAACAUUAUAUAUGAUAUUUUUGUAAGACAAUGCAUCCUCCCUGAGGCUCAUAGCAGAGUAAUCUGGGAUAUGAAGAUUAGGAAUGUACUACUGUUAUUAAACAUUGAUAUUUACAUCAAUAUAUGUCAGGGGUAACCAAAGAACUACGGUUCCUUAUCUGCUGUUAUGAGUAAUAUGUUAUUUUUCUAAUGUGCGUAUGUGGAGGUAAGCACUAUAUAUCUGUGUCCAAGUAAAGCUUAGUGCCAUAUCUCUAGGAGUAAUGCCACAUACCCUGAACAAAUCUGCAAAACCUGAGUUGCUUUCAGUGUUUGACUGCAGUUAUCAUGUUAAAUUAUCCUGUUGAAGUACUGUAACACUGUGGAGGAAAUAAUCCCCAUCCAGCACAAGACUGUUGCUGUUUGAACGCUUGCACUGGAAAGGAUUCUUGGAGAGUUCGCCGACCGUCUUCCAUAUUGGACUGAUGAGAUAUUUUCUAACUGAAGUGACUGAGAAACAGUGAGUCAUCACUUUAAUCCGGGGGGGAACAAAGCAGCUGGGCUUUGUCCAAGGCCUGGAUGUACUGAUGCCUUAAUGCCCUGUUUUCAUAAAGGCAGGCACAUAAACCCCAGACUGCUCAGUGAACUCCAUCACAAGUUCACUGAGUUUUAAACUAACUAACUGUACGGACCUGAAACCUGUGUAUGUGUCUAUGAUGCCCAGAAGCAUUCAAAAUGCCACCCAGCCUCGCUGACCGACCGAAUACCUUUUUAACUGAUUGUCCAUCUGCAUUUUAUAUGUAAGCUGACUGAUAUAUAACACGACACGUUAAAAGGUACUCAAUAAUGCAUUUUUGUUCACACGGAGGAUUGGAUGGAUGGGUGACGGACAGGCUACAGAAGAUGGCACAAAAGUAGUUUAGACAUGAAGAAGAGCUGUCCUAUGAACUUGUAUUUUUUAUGGAAGUGGUGAACUGUGGAACUGACUAGAGAUAGUUAUAUAUCCAAGCUGUAAUUUCAAGUAAAUGAAACAAACCCAAGACCUUACUUUAAAGAAGAGAACAAAGCUGCUCUCCCUCAUACGGAGUUGUAAAUAGAAAUGUAUUUGAACAUAGUAUUUACACUAUUAUAAUGUACAGAAUUGUAUUUAUAAUGUAUCGCAAACUGUUUUAAUUGGUACAAAAUGUUCUAGAAUAGAACAUUUACAAU